AUGGCGUCUCCAAAACCGCCAGUGAGGCCUCUAAUUGCCGUUGUUGGUGCUACCGGCACAGGAAAAUCCAAGUUAGCAGUUGAACUUGCAGUCCGAUUUAAUGGAGAGAUAAUCAAUGCAGAUGCAAUGCAAAUGUACAACGGCCUCCCAAUCACCACUAAUCAAAUACCCGUUGAAGAAAGACAUGGGAUUCCACAUCACUUGAUCGCAUGUGUAAACCUGGACCAGAGCCCUUGGAGAGUUGGCCGAUUUAAGAAAGAAAGUCUGAAAAUUAUCGAUGAGAUUCGGUCAAGGGGGAAGCUACCAAUACUCGUUGGUGGGACUCAUUAUUAUACCCAGUCUGUCCUGUUCCACGAACCAUUACUCGACGAAGGUGACUCGGACGAUGAGAUUUCGAAAAAAUUGGAGCGAUCGCAAAUCGAUGAUACUUCGGUAAUAGAUCCUGCAAGUAAGGCCGAGUUUUCAAUUCUAGAUGCUACUCCGGAGGAAAUUUACGAGAAAUUACGGGAGGUUGACCCUGUAAUGGCAAAUCGUUGGCAUCGUAACGAAAAGAGAAAGAUUCGUCGAUCCUUGGAAAUUUACCUACAAACCGGGCGACCCGCUUCAAAGAUAUACGAGGAACAGAAAAGGAGAAUUAGACAGGUCGCGCCACAGGAAGAUGAUCUCGGCCUGAGAGCCGAAGAAUCAGACUCAGAUCCAGACUCUCAGCUUGGACAAGCCAGGUUUCCCAUUCUUGUCUUCUGGGUGCAUACCGAAAAGGAGGAAUUACGAAAACGGUUGGAUGGGCGUGUCUACGGAAUGAUAGACCAAGGUCUACUCGAAGAAGCUCGGCAUAUGUUUAAAUAUUUACAGGAUAGGGCAUCGGAAGGGGUGGAGGUUGAUCGAACGCGUGGAAUUUGGAUGUCUAUCGGCUUCAAGGAAUUAGAGCCUUAUAUCAAGGGCUUGCUUUCAGCCAAGGAGGAAUCAAAUCCUGAACUUGACGCAUUGAAGGACGAAUGCAUCGAAUCAAUCCAGUCUGCCACAAAACUAUAUGCUAAAGAACAGCUGAGAUAUAUAAGGAACAAACUUUGGAAAGCUCUGGGAACUGCCGGUAUAACCGAUCGUCUAUAUAUCGUCGAUUCAACAGAAGUGAAGGAUUGGGAUACUAUUGUUCGCCAGCCUGCUGAAGAUAUUGCCUCGAAAUUUCUUUCUGGGAACACGCUCCCUAAUCAAAGUGAGACUUCGAUCGCUGCAAAGGAGUUCUUCGCGUCGACAGAUGUCACAAAUCGCUUUGAGGUUGAUGAUAUCCCCCAGCGGAUGCAAUGCGAGACAUGCAACACUACUAUCGCCGGGGGGGAUGCUUGGUCUGCCCAUCUUACAGGGAGGAGACACAAGAGGGCGUUAAAAUCGGUUAAAAAGAGAAAGCACCGAGAUGAAUAUCUUAAGAGGCUCCGGGAUGAGUCUAAUGACACGUCUUCUCUGACCGUAAAAAACCAACUGUCUUCCGGGGUUAUGGAUCCGGAAUCUAGCGAUACCAGUUUGCCUUUAUAA